AUGCAAAGAAGUGCAAACAGUGCAGACCGCGGCAGUUCAAGACGGCCAACGGCUGCACAACGUGAAUUGGUGGCAUCAAUAAGUCGUUUCCAACGUAAAAUCAAAGGUGCCACAAUUGAUGUUUGGUGGCUAUAUGAUGACGGUGGAUUAACACUUCUGAUACCACAUCUUCUGACCGUGCCGAAGAGUUAUCUGGAGGGUGCUCGUAUGCGAGUGUUCACGAUCUCGACGUCUUCGACGACUAUGGAGCAAGAGCAACGAAGUAUGGCUGCGUUGCUGAGCAAGUUCCGGAUCGACUUCUCGAACGUGUCCGUUAUUGCAGACAUCGGAAGGAAACCAAUGCCGCAAACACAAGAGGAAUUCGAACGGCUCAUUGAACCGUUCCGAGCCACUGAUGGCAAUGAGCGAAAGGGUCUUAUAACGGACUCCGAACUGGCCGCUCAAAAAGAGAAAACCUGUCGUCAAUUGCGAUGUGCAGAGUUGUUACGCGAACAUUCAUCGGAGGCUGAUCUUGUUGUUUUGACAUUACCAGUGCCCAGAAAAGGCCUUGUAAGUAGCUGUUUAUAUAUGGCAUGGUUGGAUGUGAUGACCAGAGAACUACCGCCAACUUUGAUGGUUCGAGGCAAUCAGACGUCAGUUCUGACGUUCUACUCAUAA